AUGUCGUGUUCAUCCAAAAAAUCCUGUGAAGGUUGCGUCUGCAGCGACAAGAAAGAUGCAGCACCCGUCCAAAUUGAAGACUGUCUCGAAGAGCUCAAGGCACUACGCAGAAGAAACCAAGAGCUCGAGACAAGACUAAGUCUCGCAGCUGAGAAUGGCUCUAAGGCAAUUAUUCGUCAACCGGGUCGAACACUUCGUUCAUCAGCAUGGUUUGACUGCCGCAGUGAUCCUGGCAUGACGGCCAUCUACAUGGAGCGAUAUUUUAAUUUUGGAAUCACGCGCGAGGAGCUUAUGUCUGGUAAACCGAUGAUUGGAAUCGCGCAGACAGGUUCAGAUAUUGCUCCUUGUAAUCGACACCAUAUUGAAUUGUCGAAGCGCGUUCGUGAAGGUAUUCGCACGGCGGGUGGUAUUGCUUUUGAAUUUCCGACGCAUCCUAUUCAAGAAACCUCGAGACGACCUACUGCUACUUUGGAUCGCAAUUUGGCGUAUCUGAGUCUCGUUGAAGUUUUGACGGGAUACUUCCUGGAUGGAGUUGUGCUCUUAACUGGUUGUGAUAAGACGACGCCGGCUUGUUUGAUGGCUGCGGCUACUGUGAAUAUUCCUGCGAUUUGUUUAAAUGUUGGACCUAUGUUGAAUGGGUAUUCCGAGGGUGCAUUAACGGGUGCGGGCUCAGUUCUAUGGAAGGGACGAGAGAUGUAUGCCACCGGAGAAAUCGAUGAUGGAGAGUUUAUGGACUACAUUUCCAGAGGAACUCCAUCUGUUGGCCACUGCAACACAAUGGGAACAGCAUCAACAAUGAACGCCCUCGCAGAGGCUCUCGGUAUGGCAUUACCCGGAUCAGCUGCGAUUCCCGCUGCCUACCGACACAGAGGGCAAUGCGCCUAUGAAACAGGCAAGCAAAUCGUGGAGAUGGUGGAAUCCGACCGUAAGCCCAGCGACCUGAUGACCCGUGAAGCAUUCGAGAAUGCCAUCGUAGCGAAUGCCGCGUUUGGUGGCAGCACCAACGCUCCGAUUCAUCUUCUCGCCAUAGCGCAGCACAUGGGAGUCGAACUCUCCAUGGAUGACUGGGACAAUUUAGGAUCUCAUAUCCCUCUCUUGUUGAACAUGAUGCCAUCAGGCGAGUACCUUGGUGAGGAGUACUUCCGUGCAGGAGGUCUCCCAGCUAUCAUGGCUGAGUUACUAGAUGUUGGGAAGAUCCACGGCGAUGUCUUGACAUGUAAUGGAAAGACAAUGGCGCAAAACGUGCGCGGAAAGCAUUCGUGGGACCGACGAGUGAUUCGUCCUUAUGAUGACCCCUUGAUGAAGGAUGCCGGGUUCAUUCAUUUGAAGGGAACACUCUUUGAUUCUGCGAUUAUGAAGACCUGUGUGAUCUCACCCGCAUUCCGGGAGCGAUAUCUCUCGAACCCCGAAGACCCGAUGGCCUUUGAAGGAUCCGUGAUGGUCUUUGAUGGCCCUGAAGAUUACCACAGUCGCCUGGAACACCUACCUGAGAUCGACGAUAAGACCAUCUUAGUUAUGCGUGGCGUCGGUCCAUUGGGUUAUCCCGGUGCAGCAGAGGUGGUGAACAUGCAUCCCCCAGGCCGACUUCUAAAGCAAGGUGUCGAUGCCCUAUUCUGUAUUGGAGACGGGCGACAAUCCGGAACCUCGGCGAGCCCCUCUAUUCUCAACGCCAGCCCGGAGGCUGCAGCGGGUGGAAACCUAGCUAUUAUCCGCGACGGCGAUAAGUUACGCAUUGACUUGCCGAAGCGACGAGUCGAUAUUCUCAUCAGUGAUGAAGAACUUCAACAAAGGAGGCAGGAAAUGCUCUCGAAGGAAUACCCGCUUGUCCCGAGUGGUACCCCAUGGCAAGAAAUCUUCCGUCAGGAGACAGAUCAGCUCUCUAAUGGAAUGGUGCUACGAAAGGCUGUUAAAUAUCAGCGUCUUGCGCAACAAAAUGAAGCUCCGCGACAUAAUCAUUAA